AAAAGAACGAUGUAUUUACUUUUUGAACUGUUGAUUAUUUCAUUUGCUGAGUCGUAUCGAAUUUUGGGAGUUUUUCCACUUCCUUCAAAAAGUCACGAUGUGAUGCUAAGCGCAUUAAUGAAGGGCUUGGCAGAGCGCAACCACCAAGUAGACGUGAUAACACAGUUUCCCGAGAAAAAUCCACCACCAAACUACAAAGUUGUUGUAGAUCUAAGUGGUAGUACAGAGGCAGUGACCAACAAUGUCAGUAUGAAAUAUGCAAAAACAUUAAGUGGUAAUCCUACGUUUUACAUGUCUACAAAAUAUGGUAAUGAUCUAUGUCACCUAAUGGGUUUGGAAAAAAUGCAAAGCUUCAUUAAAAACAUACCUUCAUACGAUCUAGUCAUCACCGAAGCAUUUGGAGCGAACUGUUACUAUGGUUUGGGCUACCUUUUGAAUGUCCCAGUUGUCGCAAUCUCAUGUAUUGACGAACCCACAUGGAUAAGCGAAUACAUCGGUGGUAAUAAUAAUCCAGCCUUUGUGCCAAACUCAUUACUUCAAGGCACUUUUGAUAAAUUUAAAUUUUGGGAUCGCUUGCGAAACACGAUUGGCUACGUACAACAAGUUCAUGACUUUAAACGGCUAACUGCCGUGCAAACUCAACUGAUGAGAAAAUAUUUGAGUCCAGAUGUGCCAGACGUACGGGAAUUGGAGAGAACCGUAUCUCUGCUUUUGGUUAACAGACACCCCGUCAUCCAUGGACCAAAACCAAUUACUUCAGCUGUGGUAGAAGUCAGUGCCUUACACAUCAACAAAAACAACUCCCAGAUCUCCCUGGUAACCAAAUUCGGUUAA